GACUAGGGGCGUCACGCGGAAUGGGCAGCGCGGGCUGCGCCGAAGUGCGCCCCCGGACUGGUGCGGGGCUGGGGGCGCAGGGAUCAGACUCCCGAUGCGCGGUGUCUGGACCUGUGUGUGUGCGUACCCUUCACGCGGUAGGGAACUGACUCAAAGUCAAACACACCCAGGCACUGCUUCCCGUCGCCUGCUGGAGAGGACACGAACUUGCAGACAAACCUGGGCUUCCCCUGUAGUCCCACUGCUCUUGAGCCUAAGACUGGGCCCAAGGCACUAUUCUCAGACCUGGGGACCCCAAGUUCUGGCAGGUUUAGGGCUAUGAAUAGGCGGUCUUCCUUCUCAUCUGCCAUUCCUGCUGGUUCUCUGAACUUGAACGCAAGCCCAGUCUGGGAAACCAAGGGCCUGUGACCCCUUUUCUUCCCCACCAACGCCAACCCCAUGCCAGCAAGCAGGAGGGAAGUUCCAAGACACUGUCCUUAACUCUGGCCCUGGCCUUCGUUGAGGCUUCAUGCGGCAGUGGCAGUCAGAAGUGACAGAGAGGAGCUGGGCAGUCAGAACUCAUAAGGCUCAGGACAAUGGAGACAUCUGGCACCAUCAAAGAUUCCAUUUGGAAACCAUUAGGCAAAUCCAUCAUCACAGACUAUUCAUGGAGGGGCGAGAUUAGGACAGAGUGGAGGAUUGCCCUGUCUUGAGGGACCCAGAAACGUCACCCUGCCAGAGGUGUUCAGGCCUGGGCAUGGACAGCGGAAACCCUGAGACCACAAAGGUUGAUACAGAUGACUGAGGUGGCUCUGGUUCUCCCCAGGGCUCCCUGUUAGCCCUCACCCUGCUUAGGAGUAAGGAAGACAGGAGCCCUGUUGCCCAGGAGGUGGCUCUCCUCUUCAGCUUUGGUUUCUGUUGAUUUAAGGCCUUUAAAAGUUCUUGCUGGCUCCCAAAGCCUUGAUGAUGUGAGUUCCAUCCCCGGGACCCACAUGGGAAAGGAAAUGCCUCCUGCAAGUUACCCUCUGACCUCCAUCUGCACUUACCUCUCCCCCCUCCUCUCGUGCACACACACAAUAAUAAUAACAAAAAUUUAAAUAUCUGAAAGAUAAAAUCAGACUUUAAGGUUCAGGGUUCAGUCCUGAUGGUCACCAAGUACCUUUACAGGCCCAGUAGGGCCCUCCCUGGAGCUCAGUGUUGGGGUACCUGAUGGGGCACCCGGGCAGGACGCAUUACCUCCCAUGGUAAGGGACGGAAACAAAGGUCUUAGAAGGGAUGGAGGGCAGUGUGCGGUCAGGUCCCGACAUCACUCAGUGCAUGUCCCCGCCCUGCCCUGCCGACUCCCCUCUAGUUCUUGAGACCCAAGCAGCUGCCCAGGAGGUCCUGGCGGGUGGGACGUGGAAAGAAUAUUUCUAUUGAUUUCCAUCUUCUCCUCCCAUCGUCAUCCCUCAUAACCUAGGGAUAUAUCGGUACAGCAGUCUCACACAUAAUUGAUAAGCCUAUAAUUUAUAUCUAAAUUAUAUAAGAUAGUUAUAUAAGAUAGAAUUUAUAGUUCACAUCUGGGAGUGCGCGCCUCAACUCUGCCUCUCCCUGAAAGGGGAGUAAUGAGGAAAGUUCAGAGGGCUGGCAGAGGGAGCAAGCGAGCCAGGUUCACAGGCAGGCUCUGCUCUUGUGGCCUGUCUGGCCAUUCUGCUUCCCUUCUGCCGCACAGCCUGUCACCGAGGAGUCUGGCAGGCUUCUUGUCAGCAGCCAAGCAGAGCCGGCUGAGGGCCCAGCCUUCUGUAGCACCUGCAGCUUCAUACACUUCCCGCGCUCGCUCUCUUUCUUGCCUGUACUGGAGAUUGAACUCAGGACCUUAGGAUGCAGGAAAGCCCUCUAUCUACCACUGAGUCUCUUUGAGAUACUCCCGUUAGGUUUUCAGGCUGGCCUCCAACUCCCUCUUUUGCUCAGCCAGGCUUUGAACUUGAGAUCCCGCCCCUUCCCAGUGGCUUACAGGUCCUUGUCACUGGGCCAGGCCCCAGAUCCUCUUUGAAGUGCUCCUUGAUGCUUGCAAUGUCCCCAAUGCUGUGCAGGUGCUUCUAACGCUGUACGGAAGUAACUCACUUAACUUGAUUGCACUGAAGCCCAGACAGUAUCAAAUGCUCUGGGGAGAACAUUCUGGACAGGCACUUAGAGCCACUCAGUAUACCUUGAAGGAGGUUGGUUUACUCUGCCACUAGAGGGGAGAUCUUGGGCCCAGUGAGUUUAAUCUCCCUUCACCAGGUCAGUUCUGCUGACUCCACUAAUCAGCUUGAACCUCCUAAUCCAUCCCCAGGAACUUCAGGAAACACAGAGGGUGGCUUGGGAGAGGUGGCCGGGGGCCAUUGUGGCCCCUCACCUGUGGCCUUCUUCCGGUGGAGUUGGUCUUCAGGGGGGGAUGGGGCAGCUGAGCCAUGUGCACCACCCUCUUCCUGCUCAGCUUGGCCAUGCUGUGGCGCCGCAGAUUCAACAACCGGGUGGAACCAGAGCCCAGCAGAGAGGAUGGGACAGUUGUGGGCAGCAGCUCGGACACAAACCUUCAGUCUUCGGGCAGGGAGAAAGAACCUGUGAGGUAGGCCUUCGCUUCUUCAGGCAGCUCAGCUCUGGGGACUGUGACCCACCGGCCCAGACAGCUGGACUCCUGCUUCGCCCCCUAUCCCAGGAGGAUGUUGUGGGGCCGGAGGCAGCGUCAGGAGGGAUAACAGGAGAAGUAGUCAAGGAGAAGAGGCAUUUGGCUCUUGCUUUGAAGGAAGCCACACAGAUUCCAGACGGCUGUGGCCAGCCCAAGCAUCGCGUCUCUACGAUGUCCCAGAGCCAGAAGAGAGGCUGUUGCUUUUAAAGGAGAAUCCCCCAAACUUGGCUAGAUGGAGGACGGCCAGCUUCCAGGCCGGCCACCAACAUGCCUGCAUACAGACAUACUUCCUGUGAAGUCACUGGUACCACUGCUUCAAGUGCGAGCAGCCAGCAGCUGGGAGGUUGCCACCAACCCGCCUUUCAUGUUCUUAUUAAUAAAAUCAAAGAUUCCCUUUGGAAUUAAGGAGGAAACUUCAACGCUGUAAAGACAGCUUUCUUACUGUGGGUCUCAGACA